AUGCAUCUCUCAACCCACACGUGGAUGCGACCAGAACCUCUUGAGGUGACUCUAAAAAGAGCAGCCUCCCUGGGCUAUACGUCAAUCGAGCUCGCCGGCGAACCCUCUAGAUACAAUGUUAGCGAAACACAGACCCUCUUAAAGAAAUACAACUUGUCUUGUUGGGCCACUGUAACUAUCAUGUACGGCUCUCGAGAUCUUUCCGCCGUAGAUCCAGCUCAACGAGAACAGACGGUUGACUACAUGAAGAGUGUCGUCGACUUAGCUGCUGGAUUAGGAGCAAAGACAGCGACUGUGGUCCCCUGUACCGUAGGCAAGCUUCACCCGGUGGCAAGCGCAUCUGAGGAAUGGGGAUGGGUCGUACAGGGUGUACGAGAGGUAGCUCAAUACGCCUUACAGAAGGGGGUACGCAUAGCGAUAGAACCUCUCAAUCGAUUCGAGACGUAUAUAAUCACAAACACGUCACAAGCAUUGCAGCUCAUCGACGAGGCAAAUGUACCGAAUCUCGGUAUCGCAUUCGACCCCUUUCAUCUAAAUAUCGAAGAACCGGAUCUAAUCGCCGCGCUACGGAAGUGCGGUAACAGGCUUUAUGACUUCCACCUCGGCGAAAACAAUCGUCUCUCUCCAGGUGACGGUAGCUUGGACUGGGCCUUGAUCAUCAAGACGCUACGCGAAAUAGGUUAUGAUGGUGGUCUGGCGCAUGAAGCUAUGCCACCAAUUGAUCGGUCUUCAGGUGGCCAGUUCGGGCUAAAGCAAUUAGAAGCUGAGCCAUGGGAUGUAGAUGAAGGGACUCUGCAGUUUCUAAAAGAUCAUGCUAGUGGUGUAUUAAGGGAUGACUAUUAUACUGCUAUGGUGGCACGUACGGCGGAAACCAUUCUCCCAUUGAUCAAAUAG